CCCAUGGAUCUUAAAACAUCUUUAUAAUAUUGACAACAGCUUUCAUGGGAACAUCAAGCUCUUUGGAGCCUUUACAUUGACCACACUUGCCCGUUACCUCUUUUCCAUGUUUAGUGUGGCACACACAGUGACACAAUAGCUGUUUGACUGAUGUGGCAAGUGGCCGGGUGUGGCCCUCAAUCAGCCGCCGCCCUACAAUCAAGGCUGGAGUCGGGUGAGGAGGCGGACGAGGUCAGAGGAGGCGGCAGGAGAGGCCCUGAGUGUUGUGUUGGAAGAGAGAGAAGAAAGUGGCUGCUGGAAGCCUGGACUUUGGGAGUCGGUGGGGGUUUGUGUGGUGCACUUAAGACAUUGUAAAUAAUAGUAGUACUGGGUAAAUAAACAUGUGGUGAUGGCUUGCAAUGUGUCUGCCUGUCUGUGUCCGGGCUGUUCCCUUCUACAGUGGCGUAGUCAGCAGGAUGCUGCACCUGGCACAAGGUGCGGACCUGCAUUCAUGAAAUUGUCUGUGGAAGGCCCGGCACAGCAGGCGAGCUCACCCACGUGCCGCAGGGGCGGCGUACACCCAACCCCGCACGUACCGGGAGUGUCGCGGACCACGGGAGGUCCGCUGUUGGACUUUUUUGUGUUUCAGGGGCAGCUCGGGAGCGCGGCGGCAGCUAGGAGAGCUGCCGGGAAGGAGAUGCUGCAGCCGCGGAGCUGCCCAGAACCUCGCCCUCGAGUGUGGAAUGAGGGCGAGGAGGCCGCAGACCAAAGGUCCCUCCUCGUAGCAGGCACGGGAUUGGGCAGCGUGUCCUGUCCUCCCGCCAACGAUUGGUCAGAGGCGAGAGCUGGGAAUGUCCGUCUCGUGCCGAGAAGAAACCUGAGUGGGCUGCAGGGAAGAGCCCACGGAGAGCAGUCGGCGAGUGACGCCGCCCGGAAGGUAAGCACACCGCCGACUGUCUCUUCCUCUUUGGCAGCGAAACUGCAGGAGCUGCAGCAUGAGAUCCAGCGCGUGCUAUCGCUGCCGGCCGAGCGAUGUGCCCUCCGGGCAGAGACGCAGGUGUCAGGAGGGAUGGCAGUGGCGUGCAAGCGAGAGCCGCAGAGGCAGGAGGAUCGACUCACUGCAGGAGCUCCUGGACGGAGAGGCACAGCGGGGAAGGUAAGGGAGACCGACCCCGUUCAGCUCCGGACGCCAGCGAGGCUGGGUCUGCCCUCUUACAAUGGGCAGAUCCGAACCGCUGUGGCGUCCCAAAUUAAGAGGAGGAAGCGGCUUGGGGAAGCCAGUUCCUCCGACGGGAGGACGCGCUGCUGGGUGCGCGCGUUCCUCAAAGGGCCGUCCUCUGCGGAGGCAGAGGAGAAUCCCGCAGCUGGAGAGGUGGAAACAGAGUGUGAUCCCACUGGUGAUUCCGUGGCGGGGAGCACGGACUGCUCGGGCUGGGAAGCCGAGAAAGGAAGCAUCGGGGCGCCGAUCGGGGCUGAGAGCGUUGGCCCAGCUGAGGACGAGCCGAGGGGCUGCAUCAGGGCCACGCCUCCGCCCUUGUUUUUCUUUUGUUUUGACAGGAUCGGGCCCUAGGCUAGUGUGUCGGCUUGCCGCCGAGGGGUUCCCGUCCUCCCGGAAUGGUUCGCUGGUCCCAGGAGGUCUCAGCUAGCGGGGGUGUACUGUGGCAGGUGGCCGGGUGCGGCCCUCAAUCAGCCGCCUAUAUAAGG